UUUGCUUUUUUCCCCGGAAAGCUUGCGGAUUCAGCUCUGUGGGAGAGAUGGCGAGGAACGGGGUGUUUUCACGGUGGCGGAGGGCUGAGGGACCCGCCGGAUUGUCGCUGCCAUCAGAAUCUCACGACGUUCAUGUCCUUGCCGUCGACGAUAGCCUCGUCGACAGGAAAGUAAUCGAGAAAUUGCUCAAAAUUACAUCCUGUAAAGUGACAGCAGUGGAUAGUGGGAGUAGAGCUCUGCAAUUCUUAGGAUUGGACAAGGAAGAGAGUUCUGUUGGGUUUGAUGGUUUGAAGGUGGAUAUGAUAAUCACAGAUUAUUGCAUGCCUGGAAUGACUGGCUAUGAAUUGCUCAAAAAGAUUAAGGGAUCAUCUUUUAGGGAAAUUCCUGUUGUCAUAAUGUCAUCUGAGAAUGUUUUGGCAAGAAUUGACAGCAGGUGUCUGGAAGAGGGGGCGGAAGAUUUUUUGUUGAAGCCAGUGAAACUGUCGGAUGUAAAACGAUUGAAGAGUCACAUGUUUGGCGAGGACAAGGAUCCACGAGAAGACAGCGGGAUAAACAAGAGAAAGUUACAAGAAAUGUCGGAGGAUUCGUCACCUCCCUUGCCUUCACCAUCACCAUUGCUGUCUCCAAAUCCGUCAACCGAUCUUUCAUCAUCAUCAUCCUCCACUUCAUCAUCACCUUCCUCACCUGAACUACUUGAAUCUCCUAAGACAGAGGAAUGAAACAAGAAUACUAGGUACUAUAACAUUAGUUCUUUCUUUUCUUUCUUCUCAAUGUGUUAUACAACAGAAAAGCCAAUUUCCCCCUCCUAUCCUAUGUGUG